UUUUUCUCACACCAGUUCCUCUGCACUAGUUGCUUCUGCAUAAGUUAGGUUUAAAUUGAUUGAAAAUGAGUGAAGAGGAAGAUUGCCCUCCACUGUGCGACAUGGACACCACGGUAGAUGACUCUAACGGCGAGGAUGAUGAAUGGGAGGUCGCCGAGGAGCAGAACGAUCCGGUGAAAUGUUUGUUCUGUGAAAGCAUUUCCCCCACAAUGACGGUAGCCAUACGCCACGCGAAACAGCAGCACGAUUUUGAUCUUGCCGGAGUUCGUCGAAGGUUCCACCUAGACGAGUAUUCGUACAUAAAAAUGAUCAACUAUAUUAGGCGCGAGAACCCGGGCCCGGAACAGUUCAAAACGGCAACCGGCAGCAGUUUCCCAUGGGCGGACGAUAAAUAUCUCAAACCGGUGGAGAACGAAACGUGGCUAAUGUUCGACUUGGACGAGCUGGACGAAAUUAUGCUCAACAAUGGUACCGGUGGUGGUAAUGGUGGUGUGUCGGUAGAGAAGGAAAAUGGCAACGACAUCGGGGAUACGAUGACGCUUACCACCGACCAGUACCGCAAAUUACAGGGAAUAAUAAACGAUCUAACUGCACAGCUUCGUGAGAAGGAAAAUCUUCUACAGCACGCCGCCAGUAGUAUAGAGAAGAUGAAGGAAAGCUUUCGCAAUGUGCUGGCCGAACAGCAGCAACCGAGCGCCGGCGAGAAUGGUAAAGCGGAGGUCGACGACGGUGCUGGGGGCGAUAAAAAGUUGGAACAGAUCAAGCGAAAGCUGGAACACUGUGUUAGCAGCGUGUCGGUGGAUGACGACCAGAGCUAUUUCAAUACGUACUCUCACUUCGGAAUUCAUCAUGACAUGUUGAGUGAUGAAGUUCGCACAUCAAGCUACCGGGAUGCGAUCCUGCGAAAUGCUGACAUAAUGAAGGAUAAAACCGUGCUCGAUCUGGGUUGCGGCACGGCCAUCCUUUCAAUGUUUGCCUCGAAAGCUGGAGCGAAGGAGGUAAUUUCUGUCGAUCAGUCCGAUAUCAUUUACCAGGCGAUGGACAUUGUGCGCAAGAACAACAUCGACAACAUCCGGUUCGUGAAGGGACGGCUGGAAGAUACGGAGCUACCGGUCGAGAAGGUCGAUAUCAUCGUGUCAGAGUGGAUGGGCUACUUUUUGCUGUUCGAGGGUAUGAUGGACAGUGUCAUCUAUGCCCGCAAACAGUACCUCCGCGAGGGGGGAUUGAUUUUGCCCAACCGGUGCAACAUUAGCAUAGCCGGGUACGGUGAUCUUGAGCGGCACAAUGAAUUUAUUGGCUUCUGGAAAAAUGUGUACGGUUUCGAUAUGUCGUGCAUGAAGAAGGAAGUCCUGCGAGAAGCGACGGUAGAAGUUUGCAAACCGGAGCACAUUAUUACGAACGCGAACAUUAUUGCCAACUUUGACCUGAUGGAGGUGGACGUCGACUGUCCUAACUUUAGCUACGCGUUUGAUCUAAAGGUAAAGAAGGACACACAGCUAACCGCAUUGAUAGGAUAUUUUGACACAUUUUUUGAGCUACCGGAACACAUCGAAUUCUCCACCUCGCCGUACUCUCGACCGACACACUGGAAACAGACAAUCUUUUACCUGGAAGAACCGGUCCCGGUGAAGGAAGGGCAAACGAUUACCGGUAAAUUUGUUUGUCGGCGUGAUCCGAAGGACGUGCGCUCGUUAUUUAUUAAUAUUGAGGUGUUGGACAUGGUUCUGAAGUAUACACUUAACUAGCAGGUAGGAAUACUGAUACUGAUCAGUUAAGUGAGAACUCGCAAAUGGCGUAUC